AUGUUUGGGCAGAAAGUCAUUUCUUUCAACAGUUGGGGAAAAGUUGCUGCCAGUAACUCACACAGCAUACUGGAACUGUUAGGCUACGUCCCCUUCACUCUUGUCAGGAAUCCAGCAGCACAGGUUCAGCAGCAGGAUCUUCAGCAACUUCUGAACCCUCAGCUCUGCCUGCAGAGGUCCCUGAGGAAACAGAAGCAGUUCCAACCUCUCAGGAGUCCCCAGCUCAUCCACCAGAAGACCCUGAGGCUGGAGGACACUCUUCAACACAAGAGGACACCUCAGCUCAGUCUGCAGUGUCCCCUGAAUUGGAUCAAUCUGCAGGUUUUUGAUGGAGUGUUUAAUCAGCAUCAAAUCUCCUCUGAAAAUGUUGACAUUUCAGGCGAGGAGAAGAGCUCAGCUCUGCCACAACUGCUUAUUGCCAGUGUAGAACCUCCUUCAGUCCAGCCAAAGGGUCCAGCUCUACCUCCAAAAUCAUCUAUAAACCAUGAGGUGACAGUCUCGCCUCUAGAUUCAAGUGAAGCUCAGUGUCCAGUGUUGCCUUACCUGAACAUUACAAAUGUGGAUAUUGGGGAUUUGAUAGCACCAAAGCACCCUACAAAGAGUAAACCACCUGAGACUGAGAAGGAGGCCUCAGCUGAAAAAUCUACCAAAAUGUUCAAACUUCCCAUCUUGCUGGGUGUCCCUCCAAAGGUACCUGAGACGACAGAAUUGUCUUCAUUCCAGCAGAAGACCCUAGAUCAGCCUGCUUCCGAGGGUAGUGCUAUACCACUGCAGCAGACUAUAGCUCCUCCACAGCACCCUGAGGAGAAUUAUCUAAAUUCAGUACCAAUUCACGGUGAGGAACCAACCUACACUGACGUCACAGUUCCACCUUUGAAUCUGGAGCUCACCGUAACACCAGAAACUACUGUGAAUGUUGAACAUCCUGAAACCCAGAAUAAGACUACAUGUCCUUCAAAGCACCCUCAGGUGACAUUUCCACAUCCAGAGGCUGUUCAGUCUCGGCAACCAAGCUUGACCAAUGUCACAGUGCGACCUUUGGACCUGGAGCUCACCAUAACACGGGAAACUACUGUGGAGGCUGAACAUCAUACAAACAUGAAAGAGACGACAGGUCCUCCAAAGCAGCCAGAGGUAACAUUUCCACAUCCAGAGCCUGUUCAAGCUCAGCAACCAACCUUUUCUGAAAUCACAGUUACACCUAUGAACCUGGAACUCAUCAUAACACCAGGGCCUGCUGUGGAAGCUGAAGAUCCUACACCCCUAUGGCAAACUGCAGCUCCUCCAAGGCAUCCUCAAGUGAUAUUUCCACAACCAGAGCCUGUUCAGGCUCAGCCACACAUAUUCUCUGAUGUCAGACUUCCCCCUGUGGUCCUGCAGCUCACCCUACGACGAGAAGCUGCUGAGGAGGCUGAACAUCACACAACCCUGAAGAGGACCACACCUCCUCCCAAGCAGGCAGAGACUCCAGAACCUCCUGUGGAGGCUGAACACGCUAGAGCCCUGCAGCAGACUGCAGCUCCUCCCAAGCACCCUCUGGUGACCCUAACGGAAGUCACAGGUCACGGUGCACAGCUGGAGUUCAUCAGAACUCAGCAACCAGAGACAUCUGAGUCAGGGGCCCCAGUGAGCGAACAGAAUGCCGUCAUGAACAUCUGCGAGCUCUGCACCUGCAGCAACGAGACGCUGUCGUGUACGGGUCUCAGCCCGAAGCAGAGGCUCCACAGGGUGCCUGUGCUGUACCCACAAACCCACAAUGGCUCCUUCACCCUCUUAAAUUUCAAAGGAAACUCGAUUUCUUACAUCGACAGAGAUUCCUGGGAGUCAUACCGGUGGGUGGAGAAACUAAUCCUCAGUGAGAAUUACUUGACUGAAUUGCACAAGGAUUCAUUUGAAGGCCUGCUAUCCCUCCAGUACUUAGACUUAUCCUCCAAUAAAAUACAGCUUAUCGAAAGGAAUACAUUUGAAUCCAUGCCUUUUUUGCAACAGAUAAAUCUUCAUAACAAUCUAAUCGCUAACUUGAGAUUUGGAACGUUUCAGGCCUGGCAUGGAAUGCAGUUUUUACACAGGUUAAUUCUCAGUCACAAUCCACUGACCACUGUUGAGGAUUCGUAUCUUUUUAAAUUGCCAGCAUUAAGAUAUUUAGACAUGGGAACAACGCAAGUGUCCCUCAUAACAGUUGAGAGCAUCCUCCUGAUGGCCCUUAAAUUGCGAAAACUGAUCCUACCUAGCCAUCUGGCCUGCUGCCUCUGCCAGUUCAAAAGCAGUAUUGAGGGUGUCAGCAAGACAGUCAAACUGCACUGUGACAGUGACUGUCUGACACACACACAGUGUGAUGAAGAACUGUACUUAGGAAAGGCGGAAGGCUCUCUCAUGACAGUUUUACAAGGCCGGGAGAAGCGCAACAGCCCUGAGCUGACCAUUGAGCCAGAGAGGGCGUCCCCAGGAGAAGAAAAUGGUGGCAGCUUAUCAGCCUUCAUGAACCUCCUGAUGAAGCUCCUCACUGCACAAGAGGAGGUUAAGGUCUCCAAGGCAGACUGGGACACGGAUCACUGGGGAGAUGAGAGGACCGAGGCCCAGGGUGAAGAUGAAGAACAGGAGUCACGUGAGUUCAGGGCACAAGUCCCAGGCUACGGGUAUAAGAACAAACUCAUCUUGGCAGCCCCUGUGAUUGCAGUAGCAUCAAUUUUCUUGGUCAUUUUCUGUCUCAUGGCCACCUGUCAGAGAAGAACAGCAGAGGAAGGCAAAGAAGGAAGGGGCUUUUUCUCAAUUUUUGCACACAAGAGCCGCUCAGCAGAACACGAGAUGGAGGAGGGCGGUUUCCAGAGAAGGUGGCCGCUUUGGCUGUGGGAUAUGUAUUGGCCUCUCAACGCCACGCACAAGGGAAAUGUGGGACAGAGUGUACACCACAGUAUGUCUGAUGAGGGUGACAUGGAGAAGGGUGAAGCCUCCAUGUCAACAGCCAAGGCUGCUACAUCAGAAUCGGCUGCUGAGGAGACAGCUGAAGAGAGUGAUGCCUGA